AUGGAUCCUCAAGAGCGUCUCAACAUGCUCUACUCUGGAGACAUGCAAUCCAUGGAUGUUGAUACUCGUUUGAACCACCAGGCCCAUCCCCGCAGAGCCCAACCAGGAAGCACCCCUGUUCCAUCUAUUCAAGCUGAGCAAGGAGUAAGUGAAUUUGAUUUCGACCCCGUUACCCCCGUCGCAAUUCCUGUCAACGAACAAUUUCAACUUUCCUACAUUCGUACCCUUGUGAUUGGCAUCCCAGUCGAAGGCGACAGAUAUUUGACCGAACUCGAUCAGUAUGUUAGGUCCCCCAGUUGCACUAUCCCGGAGAUGAGCCCGUUGUCGACCACGCCCUCGGACGAUAGCGGCCCUGUUGUUCCCAAGGAGCUUGUUCUUCCACUUCCAGAUAUAUGUCGCCCUCCCACGAUUCCCACGAUGUUUACUCCCGCUGUGACCAUGGCUCGUUUUGCCAUCAAUUAUUGCUCGGGUGACUUGUCCAAGAAUGUCUCCGAGCGAUUCUACGACGGUGACAAAUUCUGGUCUCGAACUUGGGAUCUCUAUUUUCUGCCCAUUCCAAAGUCAAUUGAUGAAAAGCCAUUCCUUCUUAUCCCCACUGUGCAUGCUCAGGCACUGCUGGACGAGAUCAACUCAGCUCUGAGGAUCAAUUUGACCCUCAUGGGCCAAGGAAAGCAAGGGCUUGUGCUCGAAUUCGACAACGACCGAUUGCCCCGGCCCGAAUUCAUCGGCCAAAGCCAAACUGUUUGGCAGAAGAACAAGUUGAUAGAUGCUAUUCCAAAGUCCACGGAAAUCUGGGAAAAUGCGUUGAAGGAGGUCGAUCCUACAGUUUUCAAGGCGUUUGAAGAAAAGAUCAAAGCGUCUGUUGCCACAGUCAAGGCUGACAGAGCUGCGCAGAAGAAGGCAAAGCAGGCAAAGCGUGAUGCUGCCAAGAAGAAAUUAGAGCAGUGUCUGGGUCGUAUGCAAGCCUGUUUUGGGCUACGACCUGCGCUGAAACAAAACGUUGAGCAGCCCUCUUUCACCAGUGGCCAACUGGAUCCUGUUGAUGUCUUAACCCCCGCAAAAUUCAAGUUUCAUGAUAUGCCCAUCUUCAUCAGCGUUGAUGUGGAGUGGAUGGAGGACUAUGGUGUCCUGACAGAGGUUGGGAUCUCAACUCUGGAUAUGUACAACUUGCAAGAUGUGGUUCCCGGCGAUUUCGGCCACAUGUGGCUCUCGAAAAUUCAAUCCCGCCAUCUGCGCGUCGAAGAGCACCGGCACUAUGUCAAUACGAAAUACCUACAAGGUUGUCCCGGUAAUUUCGACUAUGGCAAGAGCGAGUUUAUCCCAAAUGCGGAAAUUGCAAAGGCCGUAGACGAUGCAUUCUUCAAAGUCCCGCCACUGAAGUCCACCGGAGAGAAGCGCACGGUGAUUCUAGUCGGCCUGAAUCUCCAAAGUGACAUCAUGAUUCUUCAGCGCAAAGGCUGCAAGACUUUCCGCGAAUUGGACAUGUCUCUUCCGUUCCCAAGCACUCCCAUCAUCAAGGAGGUUGUCGAUGUGGCGCAACUGUACCGAGUUUAUGCCGAGGAAUCUCAGCCUCCAGGACUCGCUAAUCUGUUGAAGAAACUGCAACUCGUGGGACGACACUUGCAUAAUGCGGGGAAUGACGCGUAUCAUACCUUGGAGGCUCUUGUUACUUUGAUGCUUCAGGUGGCUGGCGAGAAGCCGGGUGCUUACGAACGGAACCCAGAUGGAAGCGCAAUCCCAUUGCCUCUUCCCAAUUAG